AUGAGGAAAGACGGAACGCCGGCCGCCGUCUCCGGCAGCCCAGUCGGAAAAAUGUUCCUCUGCUUUGAGACCAAGCCAGUGGUGGCAACGUUACUGGCUCUUACUCUUGUAAUGGUCAUCUGGAACCUCCAGCCGUACUACGAAAACCUCAUCUCCACCACUAAUCGGUGCUCAGUCACCACCUCCGGCGCCUCUGAGUCAUUGCCGAUAAGGCCUGGAAGUGUCGGUUUCGGUGGUAGUGUGAAGGCGCUGGCGGAGAAGAAGGUGAAACCCAGUCCGCCAGCUGACCCCAACAAGCGUACUUUCCAUGCAUAUGGCAUCGCCGCCGCGCUUUUUGUCCAAAUGAGUGCCUACCGCGGCGGCCCACGGACAUUUGCGGUGAUGGGUCUGGCUUCGAAACCUAUUCAUGUAUUUGGCAAACCAUGGUACAAGUGUGAGUGGAUCCCCAACAACGGGAACUCAUCGAUUAUGGCUGAGUCCUACAAAAUGCUCCCUGACUGGGGCUACGGCCGCGUGUACACCGUGGUGGUGGUGAAUUGCACGUUUACUUCAAACCCUAACGCAGAUAAUAGCGGUGGCAAGCUGGUGCUCUACGCCUACUACGGCGAAUCUCCUCUAAAGUACGAGAAAUUCAUCGCAAUGGAGGAGGCACCAGGCUCUUACAACGAGUCCCAAUAUAGCCCACCAUAUAAAUACGAGUACUUAUACUGCGGUUCUUCUUUGUAUGGGAACUUGAAUGCUGCUAGAAUGAGGGAAUGGAUGGCCUAUCACGCUUGGUUCUUCGGGCCCAGCUCGCAUUUUGUGUUCCACGACGCCGGCGGAGUGUCCGCCGAGGUUAGGUCGGUGCUGGAGCCGUGGAUAAGAGCUGGGAGGGUGACUUUGCAGGAUAUCAGAGCUCAAGCUGAGUACGAUGGUUACUAUUACAACCAGUUCUUGGUGGUGAAUGACUGCCUCCACCGCCAUCGAUUUGCUGCAAAUUGGACCUUCUUUUUCGACGUUGAUGAGUACAUUUAUCUUCCUAAUGGGAACACUCUGCAAUCAGUGCUUCAAGAAUUCUCCAAUGUCACUCAAUUCACCAUUGAGCAAAACGCCAUGUCCAGUAACAUGUGCUUGAAUGAUUCCACACAGGACUAUUCCAGGCAAUGGGGUUUCGAGAAGCUGCUAUUCCGGGACUCGAGGACAAGGAUAAGACGAGAUCGCAAAUACGCGAUACAAGCAAGGAAUGCCUAUUCGACUGGCGUGCACAUGUCCGAGAACGUAACAGGUGAUACAUUGCACAAGACCGAAACGAAAAUUCGGUAUUACCACUACCACGACACGAUCACCGUGCACGAAGAGAUUUGCCGCAAGCUCCUGCCUAUGUUCACAAAAAAAACCUCGACAUGGCUCGAUAAAAUCCCCUAUGUCUACGACGACAACAUGAAAAAACUGGCCCCUACCAUCAAGGAAUUCGAGCAAAACACCAUUGGAUCCCAAAACUACCUGCAUUCGUAA